AUGAUACCGACUCUCGGUUGUGCCGAAACCAGAGAGAUCUCUAACGAAUGCCGAGCCGCCAUUUGCGUCUACAACGAGCAGAUCACGUCUUCAUGCAGCCAGAAAGAAAUUUAUUUCAUGCUCAACUGCCUGAAGACUCAGACAAACUCGAGCGUGAUUAAUUGUUGUAAGCAUCACCACGUGUUCACCACCAGAUGCCUACAGCAAUGCCAUCCUGACAUCGACGCAGACGAACCUUGCGAGUUCCGGAUAGCCGAGAUCCUCCAAUGCCUGGCUCUGACAUGUAAGCCGAAGUGGCGACCUUUAAUGCAAUUGGUUCUUUGUAGACUCUGGGUUGACCUCGUUGUCAUGGCGACCAAUUAG